AUGAUGGCGACCCACCACGACGCGCUGUGGGCGAAGCUGCACGAGCUGGAGGCGCAGCUCGCGGCGUACAAGCUCCUGCGCGCCGCGCGCGGGGAUGGGGACGACGCGGGCGUCGGGGGUUUCGCUUUCGCGGACGGGGCCGAGACGCCGGGGGGCGGCAGCACCUGCCGCGGCAGGCAGUACGACGUCUACAUGCGCCGGCGCGACGCCAGGCGCGUGGCCGCGUCGGCCGAGCAGCAGCAACCGGGGAAUAGUAAGGCUCAGCAACCUCGGGGCGUGCGCGCCGCGGGGCGCACGACGCCGAUGAGCCCGCGUAGUGCGCUCCGGUGCGCGGCUCGCGACACGCAGGAGGCGGGCGCCACGCCGCGGCUGGUAAUCGCCCCGGCGAAGAGGACGCCGGUCGUGUCCAUCCCGAGCACCCCGAGAAGGGACGGCUCGGAGCUGCCGAGGAGCAGGACGGUGAGCGGCGGCGCGACGGGGAGCCCGGCGAGGCCGUCGUCGCACCACCAGAGGCGGAACAGCCUCGGCGUGCUCGCCGAGUUCGGCGAGUGCGCCACGCCGAGGCCGUUCCUGAAACGCGGCACGGGCACGGGCGGCGCGGCCGCGCCGGCCAGGCUGCGGACGACGCGGGUGCACGACCUGCCGACCCUCGACGUGGCCAUCACCCCGAGGCCGCUGCCCCAGCAGCAGCAGCAGCAGGAGCUCGGCCACGCCCACGCGCACACCCAGGCGCCGCGCCACGUCCGGUCCGUGUCGGAGCUGCCGUUCGAGACGGCGGCGCUGGCCUCGCCGCAGGCGCGGGCGAGGAAGCGGUGGGGCAGCCCGGAGAGGCCAACGGCGAUGUUCCCCGACUCGCACAGGGACCUGUCCAAGGGGCUCAAGAAGCUGCUGAGCUUCGUGAGGAAAGGCGGCAGGAGCGGCGGCGGUGACCAGCCUGUCCCGGCGCCCAGCCCGCGCGGGAGUGGGAAGCCCGUGAGCAAGGGGUGGUCUGGUUGCUCCCACGUCGACGUCCCGUUCGACCGCGCAAGCCUGGACGGGCACCGGUUCCCCAUGACGCGGGCAGUUGGCAUCUCCGGAUGA